AUGUCGCGUGAGUACGAGGCGGAGCAUUUCCGCGCCCCUGGAACGGAGAUUCUGUUCGAUGAGGGCUCCAGCGAUGUCGGUCUCUCGGAUCGCCUCCAUCAGUUGAAGCAUCGGACAAAAGGCGACUCGCGCGUGCUGCUGGUUCCUCAACCUUCGACAAACAACCCGAAUGACCCGCUGAACUGGUCGACGACGAAAAAGAGCCUGGCGUUCUUCAAUGGCUGCUGGUAUGCGUUCAUGGGCGCCAUCACAGGCCCGAUCAUGGCUGCUGGUAUGAACCAGCUGUCCAAAAGCUUUGGCAAGACCAUGCAGCAGUUGACGUAUGCGAACGGCGCUUGUUUGAUCAACCAGGGAGUAUGGAACUGUAUCUGGAUGCCAUUCGCCGUCAAGUACGGUCGGCGUCCAAUUUAUCUGGCCUCGACGUUCCUGAUGAUCCUCGCAUGUAUUUGGCUGGCCAUCGCAUCGAACAAGGACUACACCACGUUCAUCGUGGGGCGUGCUUUCUUGGGUGCGUGGGAAGCGCCGAUUGAAUCGAUCGUGCCAUCUACGGUGACGGACAUGUUCUUCCUGCACAACCGCGGCGAGCUUGUCGCCAUCUAUGGGUUGGCCGUGCUGGGAGGAAACGAGCUGGGCCCCAUGUUUUCCGGGUUUAUCGUCCAGGCACUGGGCAUGGAUUGGGCGUUUUGGAUCGUGGCCAUUUUUAUUGCCGCGAAUCUGGUCUGUAUGUUCUGCUUUAUGCCCGAAACUAAAUUCACUGGUCCUCGCCCUCAGAUCCUGCCACCGUCCCGAUCCGCCAGCGAGUCCUCGACCAAGGGACUGGAGGAGAUUUCAGUCGACGAGCUCCAGCCCGUGCCCAAGAAGUCCUGGCUGGAGGAGCUGAAGUUCUGGAGCCGAGGCGACCCCAACGUGAACCUGCUGCAUGUCUUUCUGCGACCGUUCGUGCUCAUGGCCUACCCGACGGUCGUCUGGUCAUGCUUUGUGUACGGGCUGGCGCUCAGCUGGAACGUCAUCCUCGGCGCCAUCGUGGCCCAGCUCUUCACGCCGCCCCCGUAUGGGUUCAACUCCAACGCCCAGGGCCUUUUCUUCCUGUCGCCCUUUGUGGGCUCGCUCUUCGGCGUGUACUUCUCCGGGCCCUGCGGUGACUGGAUUGCCAACUUCUUCACUAAACACAACCGGGGCAUCCGCGAGCCCGAGAUGCGCCUGCCCACCUGCCUGGCGGCGGCCUUUUUCACGUUCUUCGGAGCCCUCUGGUUCGGCCUGUCCUACGAACACCAGAUGCACUGGGCCAUGCCGGUUGUGGGGGCAGGGAUCCUGUCGGUGGGGAGCCAGAUGGGCACGACUCUCGGCAUGAACUACGCACUGGAUUGCCACCAAGAGCUCUCCGUCGAAAUCAUGGUGACCAUUGCCGCUCUCAAAAGCUGCAUCGCCUGGAUCUGGACGUGGGUGAUCAAUGACUUCAUCACGACGUGCGGCGUGUUGUCGGUCUUCAUGACCGUAGCCGCCAUCAACGUGGCCAUCUACUUGAUCUACAUCCCCUUCUACUACCGGGGCAAGCAGAUCAGACUGUGGGUCCACCAGAAGAAUUUUUUCCAGGCCGCGGGGCUGGCAUAA